UGUUCCAAAUAUUUAUCAACAGCAUUUUGGUUUCUUAUUUGGUAUCCAAUAAAUUGUGUUUUCUAUUAUUUUUUUUUGGCAAUCGCUAGCUACUAGUAGUACAUAAAAAAUACUAUUUAAAAUUUGUGGUUAAAAGUGGACAUUUUUAAAAUAAGAUCAUUCGCACCCGAUGUUCACUUGGACGUCAUUGUCCGAUUUUAUGGAACCAAUCAUUGCCUAUAUUUUUCUGACGGACAUAAUCCUGGUCAACGCUGGACUCUACAACGCCGCUCUCUUCAAACCAGCGAUACAAAGCUCAGACUAUCAGUCUUGCUACUUCAUUCAGGAAGUUUAUGGAAACGCAGUUAGAAGAAACUAUAAGGCUUGUUACGCCUCUCUGGGAGUUGACGGAAACUCAGACAGCGAUAUGGCCAAUGGUCACUGUCAACACACAGGUCAAGAGCUAAUCCCUUGGUGGAUGGUGGACUUACGUGGCCAGUUUGUGGUUGAAAAAAUACAAAUAACCAACAGGCAAGAUAGUUAUCAGGGACAGGAAUACGCUUAUCGUUUAAGGAACUUCGACAUCGACAUUUUUCAGAAAGAUCCAAGACAACUUGGCAACUUUCCUAACGUAUCAGGCCAAGUCUGCUACCAUCAGACUGAUCCACUAGGUCCUAGUAUGUUCAACUUUACUUGCUCCGGUUCUAUUGUUGGCAGAUAUGUGCGUCUUGUUAUGAGGCCGAAUGUCAGCGACUAUUUACACAUUUGUGAGAUGAAAGUUCUAGUUAGUAGUUGCAGACUUGAAGAGAUUAACUUUACAAGAAUUCCAAAUAAAAAUCUAACCAGUCAGUCACUGAUCACUCUGAAGUCCAGGGAUUAUAAUUCCUGUCUUUGGGAAUGUCUGCAAGUUAGGUCAACAAAUUAUUGCACAGCCAUAACAUGGGUCACAUCCACAAGGUUAUGUCAACUUUUCAGUGUCAACCCUAGCCUGGACCUGGCAUCCACCUUAGUUUAUCAGCCUGGAACACAUGUUUAUGUUCAGAGCAAUACAUUUUAAAUUCAUGCAGUUCAAACCUAUUUUUUAAACAAAUAUGUGUGUUUGUGUGUAUUUGUGUAUUCAAAAAAACAAGAUAAUGAAUACCAACAAUGAAAGGUUGUUUCUGAAUUCAUAGAAAAGCCAAAUAAAAGUUGAUGUUA